CGAGAACUUCCCUGCAGCAACAAAUACAAUCUAAACCCAUUCACGUACCUAGCUACAUUAGCGGUGGCGUUCCGAUUAACCCAGGUUCAACGCCUCAGAGGAGCCGCGAGACUCCGUUGUGGUCGAGGUCGGGAGGACGGUUGCCAUGGAGGUGUCCAGCCACAGCUUGUUCCUCCUGCAACAGCUCAAUGUGCAGAGAGAGUUCGGCUUCCUGUGCGACUGCACCGUCGCCAUUGGCAAUGUCUACUUCAAAGCCCACCGUGCUGUUCUGGCUGCCUUCUCCAACUACUUCAAAAUGAUCUUCAUCCAUCAGUCUAGUGAGUGCAUUAAGAUCCAGCCCACGGACAUACAGCCGGAUGUGUUCAGCUACCUGCUCCAUAUCAUGUACACGGGUACCGGUCCGAAGCAGCAGGUGGAGCCAAACCGCCUGCAAGAGGGUAUCAAGUUUCUCCACGCCUACCAGCUGUGCCACAGCGAUGGCGACCAGGACGCCCCCCACGACAGCGUCAAAAUGUCCAACCUCUACGGCAUCCAGAUCUCGUCCCAGUCGGCCGCCAAAGACGGCCUCGGCCUGAAGGGGGCCCAGGGGCGGGGUCUGGGUGGGGACCGUCCUGGGGGCCGGACUGAGCGCGCCCGAGCCCAGCCUCCCUUGGCGGGGGCGCCGGAGGGGAGGCCGCCUGUCGGACAGGCGCCGGAGCUCCACGGGGUGUCCUCGGUGGCCUGUGGCGAGGACCCCGUUGCCGCAGUGGCGGCGGGGAUCAAGCAGGAGCCGGUGGAGGCGGAGGUGUCGGCGGAGCCUCGCUCCCCGGCCCAGACCACCCCCAGCCCGUGCCUCUUCAAAGACAGCCCCCGGGCGCUGCGGUGCCAGCACUGCGGGGAGCAGUGCGGGACCCGCCAGGGCCUGCGUGAGCACCUCUUUGCCCACGCCACCAGCUCCCCGCCCUUCGGGGCCCCCGCCGCCGCCCCUCCGGACAAUGUCGGCAGCCCGGGGGAGGCUCUGAAGGGGCCGGCCGGGGAGGAGCUGGAGGAGCUGGAGGGCUCCGGGGAGCGUCUCCUUGGAGGACGGAGCCCCAGCUCGCGGGAGUCGGAGCCAGGCGGCCUGGAGGAGGCGCUGCGGCAGAGCCGGGCGCUGGCCGAGGAGCUGGCGGCCGAGCUGAGGGGCGGCGGCGGCAGCAGCCCCCGCUCGCGCAAGCGCAGGAUCGUCUGCGCCGUCUGCGGCCUGCGCUUCGGCCAGAAGGUGCAGCUGCAGGAGCACAUGUACAGCCACACGGGCAAGAGCUCCCGCUACCACCGCUACAGCCGCCUCUGCAGCCAGCUCAUCCAGGCCUCCCAGCACUUCUGCGACAGCCAGGCUGAGCUCGCAGCCGAGGAGGCCGCCAGAGACGCCCAGGACAACGGCAGCUCCUGCUACUCCCUAGACUCUGAGAUCUCCCAGGAGAGCAUCGACACAUUCGUUGUGGAGUGAAAAUCAAAUGGAAAAAAAACAAAAAAAACAAGUCAGCUUUCUUCCCAGGAUCUUUCUUGGGUAGUUCCUGCUCAUGUUUUUCUCACUAGCUUUAAUGAAUCUUUGUCUUCAUUACUUUAACCCUCACUUCCUGUCAUGUGACGCUAUCCAUGUCCACACAUGUCUGUUGCUCUUGGCACUGUUGACAGUUGACAGUUUUGAUAUCUGCGUUCUUUUUCCACAGUAAAGACAGUCUCAACAGAGCUGAGACUGUCUUUAAAUUCCUUGAA